AGUUGCAGUGUGCACGCUGCCUCCGUACGCCCCGCAUGUGCCGACGACGGUCUGACGACUGAUACUCAGUGAGCCUCGCGCCGCCGCCUAGACGCGCGUCUCGUUUCCGACAUUUAAAUUACAUUUUCUUUUCUUUACCGUGUAAAAAGGUGUUACUGAGGAGGUUUUAACUGAAUUUAUUAAUCUCCAGUGAUUUGUAUAUUUUUUUAAAAUUUUAAAGUGCCUCGAGGGUUUUGCCCGGGAUUGCUAUAGCAACGAAUGACGUCAAGUUCAGGGGCGGUUGGUGCAUUUUGGUUCAAUAAUCACCCUUCGAGCUUUGUGCUCGGUUUUUCGCAUUUAUUUAUUUUGAAAUAAGGUUUGCGGGAUGCUGACUGACUGAGGUUGGUUAAUGGGAGAGAGCACUUACUCACAGACAUGAGUUUGAUGACCUUAGUGAAAUUCGGCUACACCCUUGUGGUAGUAACAUUUUUGUUGAUGAUAUGGGCGUCCUUAGCCAGGGCGUUAGAAUUACACGUAGACACUGGACAUCCGCCAUGCCUUUUCCAAGCUCUCUGUACGUGCUCUAAACCUGAUGGUGAUCUUGGUAUCGUGACGUGCAACCACGUGCCCAUCCUCAGGGUACCAGCCGCCGUAAAUAGCUCGAAAGUUUUCACGUUACAGUUGACUGGGAACAACAUAAGAGAUCUCGAACCGCAGUUCUUCCAAGCCACAGGGUUAUACAGGCUGGCUAUAAACCAGAAUCCGCUGGAGAGUAUACACGAGGAAGCUUUUUAUGGCUUAGACAAUACACUAUGGGAGUUGGAAUUAAUGCAGGACAAGUUGACGGCUGUCCCGAGUCGAGCUCUGCGAUAUCUGCAAAAGCUGCGCCUCCUUGAUUUGACGGGUAACGAAAUAACAGAAAUUUCGGGUGACAAUUGGCUCGGCUUGGAGAACACGCUGCAAACCCUAAUCUUAGCAAAAAAUUCAAUAGCCAGCUUGCCGUUAGAUGCGUUCUCUGGAUUGCCGAUGCUGGAGACAUUGGACUUACACGGGAACCAUUUAUCUGUAAUUGAUAGUGGAGUCUUCAGAGACGGUAUGAGCAGACUCAGUAAGCUUCUUCUGGGAGACAACCAGCUAACGUUGAUCCCUUAUGAGGAGUUGUCUCCACUUCGGCAACUUCGAGUGCUUGAUCUUUCCAACAACCUUAUCAAGCAAGUCCCUCCCGCCCAUGAGUUAAAUGGGGUUAAACUUUCAUUGGAUCAGCUUAACUUGGAUCAAAAUAGUAUUCGAAUUCUAAUGCCUGGUUCGUUUAAGUACUUCAACGUUCUGAACACCACUGUUCUUGAUGGAAAUCCCAUAUACUCCAUCAGGGAAGAUGCGUUCCGAAAUGCAAAGAUUAAAACAUUGUCUCUACGAGACUGCGGCGUCACGGACCUAUCUCCAGCAUCAUUCGCCGGCCUUGAAAACACUCUUCAGUCCCUAGAUUUAUCAGAAAACAACCUAACAAUGAUAUCCAAAUUCAUGUUAAACAAGUUAGACUCGUUGCGGUUCUUGAACCUAAGAGAAAAUAAGGUGGACACGAAUUUACUAGCAACGAAUAAUCCAUCGGAGUACUCGACGCCAUCGAUAAAUAACUUUCAGUAUAAGUUGUUCUUCUUGGACAUCAGUGGCUCAUCGUCUCUUGAAAUUAGCUUGCAAGAUGUGAGAAGAAACGAGUCUGACAUACAAUGCCGCUAUGAAAGCAAAAUGCGUUCCCUCAGAUAUUUGUCUGUGAGUAAAUUGAUAAGACGCAGUAUAUCUGCAGAAGAUUUCCUAGAAUUCGGCGUGGAAUUGGAGGAUCUAAAAAUAAUCGGAAGCACUAUCAAUCGAAUCGAAGCGAGCGCCUUUCAACAUGUACGGACUAUAAAGUCCUUAGAUCUGUCUGAAAAUAACAUUGACUUUAUAGACCCAUUCGCGUUUGCGGAGUUACAUAGCUUGACAUCAUUGAAAUUAGCCAAUGGAUUAGCAGAUUCCGUAAAAAUAUUGCCAUUUGAACCUUUGAAAGCACUUAUAGAAUUGCAGGAUUUGGACGUUAGUAAUAACAAAUUGAGGAACGUCCCAGACACAUCUUUCCACUUCUUAUAUAAGUUAAAAACAUUGAACCUUCAAGAUAAUCUCAUUGAUCACUUCUCUAAAGGAACAUUACAGAGCGACAUACAUCGACAGCUAGAAAGCGUUUCUCUAUCGCUAAACCAAAUGCAACGAAUUGAUCAACAUACAUUUGUCAAUUUACGAGAAUUACAGGAAAUUUUAAUCGAAGAUAAUCUAAUAGAAACAGUGCAUAGACGUUCCUUCACAAGUUUAGAUAACCUGAAGGUGAUUCGAUUAAGAGGAAAUAUUAUUACUGAAAUUAGUGAAGAGGCAUUCCAAAAUCUACCGGCCUUGAAAGAGUUAGAUAUAUCAUUUAAUCAAUUGGAGACGUUCAAGUUUUCGAUAUUUGAUCAAGUUGGAUCUGCUACGGCUUUGAAAGUAAACGUGUCAUACAACAGAAUAGUUUCAUUGACUGAUUCAAAUGCUGUCAAUUUCUUCUCUUCAAACUUUUAUCCUCCACCUAAAGCGCAAAGAUUAGUUUCUGAGGAUCCCAGUCCUCUGCGUAUAGAAAGAGGACUUGGCACGGUAUCAGUGAAUAUAAGAGUUUUGGACUUCUCACACAAUAACAUUUCAUACAUCGCGCCAUACUACUUCAGACACGCGGACCUGACGUUAUCCGAGUUACACCUCUCCCACAAUAUGAUCCGUAACAUAACACGAGAAGUGUUUGGGUCGAUGCUAAUGUUGCAAUACUUGGAUUUAUCGCAUAAUCAAAUAUUCCACAUGGAGUAUGACUGUUUUAAGAAAGUUAAAAGAUUGCAAAUAAUAGACUUGUCCCAUAAUCACCUGUUCGAUACACCGGUGGAAGUGUUCCACGAGAUGCAGGGACUUACUACAGUGGAUCUUUCGGACAACAACAUCAAAAACUUAGCAGAUAAUCUCAUCAUAUCUCCAGCUUUAGAAAGGCUAGACCUAUCUGACAAUGAUUUGUCACGAAUACCAACGAAUUGUUUAUCUCCGGCUGCUGCUAUUAAUCUAGUAGAACUAGAUUUGAGCGGGAACAACAUACCCGCUGUAGCUAUUGCUGACUUAGUCCAAAGAUAUAGGCACGACGACUGGCCCGAGGAACCGGACUACAGUGACGAAUACAUGUACCACACGGCUAGGCGCGACCACGCCAGAGUGUUCCAUCAAAAAAAACAAUACCCGCAGAACAUAUUGUUUAAGUCGCUUGCGUGGUUGGAUUUGUCUGACAAUCACUUGGUGAGAGUUGAAAGCGGUUCUUUUGCUGCUUUACCAAAACUCCGAUGGUUGGAUUUAAGUAUGAAUAUGCCCUUUAACAACAAUGACCGCGGAAGCAGUUUAUUUAAAGGUUUAGAAAGAAGAUUAUCUCAUUUGGGACUAAAGAAUGUUAGUCUCACAAAUAUCCCAUCAAUGCCGUUGCCGAAGUUAAAAAGCCUAGACCUAUCAUACAACAACUUUCCCUCCAUUCCGACCGACAUGACGGCAAACUUGACUCGUCUCAGAGCUUUGGAUUUGUCUUAUAAUGAUUUGACUAAUGUUCCCGUAGCGACUCACUCCCUCAGCGAACUUCGUUGGUUGUCUCUAUCUGGGAAUCCAAUCACUGCCCUUAUGAACACUAGCAUGUACGGCGUGUCUCCGAGACUAGAAUAUUUAGACGUAACUCACCUAAAAUUGAGUAUACUAGAGGCCGGGGCGUUCAGCAAAAUGUACGGAUUACGCACUCUUAAAAUAUCUGUUAAUGGAAAUAUAAGAGACUUCAAUAUUCCAAAGAUAUUGACACACAAUGACGCAUUGAAGAAUUUGUACUUACAUAUAGACAAUUCUCAAAUCGAUCUUGGCAAGGAGAUGAUUGGAGAACUUCCUCCCAAGCUAAAUAACAUUACUAUUGUUGGUAAAGCUUUGAAAUUUUUGUCACAGAAUCUGCUAGGUGGUGUUACAUCUGAAACUUUGACUCUGACCAUUUAUAAUACCAGCCUUGAGGAAAUAGAAAGUGAAGUUUUUUGGAGACCAGGUCAUGUAAAGAAUCUAACCCUAGAUUUGAGGCAUAAUAAUAUAGCUAGGGUUCCCAAUCCAGCGAGACAUGAAUGGCCGGGAGUACCAAAUUCUUUAUUCCUUCACGACAUAUUUUUGUCUGGAAAUCCUUUAUACUGUGAUUGUCGCAUCGGUUGGGUUCAAGCGUGGGAUCGCAAACGAAGACAAUAUUUGUGCGAGAGUCCCUCUAGUUGUGUUGCUGUACGAGAUGAUCUCAGAUUUGCGAAAUGUCCUUCCCAUUAUAACAGGACUUUCAGUGACGUCAUCGCGAAAGAUUUAGACUGCACUUGGAGUAAAGGAUUCCUGAACUUACCAAACUUAUACAUAAUUACCGCAAUAUCUAUCAUGACAUGCCUCUACAUUUGAGGACUAUUCUGGCUCCUUGAUAUAUCACAAGAUUUUUACAAAGCUAUGGACAUGAUUUACGGAAAAAUAUAAACCACGAGUUCUAGUCAGACGAGUUUAAAAAUCUGUUUGAAAUUGAUACGGGUGAGGUCAAAACACCAUAUUGAAUACUGUACCUGCAAAGUGGCCUAACGUUUCUAUUCUGUACCGGUCUGGGUGUAAUAUGUGACUCGAUAGAAAACAGACAUUUUUUCGAAAAAAUACUGUACAAGUGAGCCUACCUUAAUGUGAUUUAUCUGUAAUCUGAAAGCAAUUUGUGAUCUCAAAUGAUUAGCGCCAUUCAGAAUAGAAAUAGAGAUUUUGUUUCAUUUAUAACUGUAGUCUAUAGAUACUAUACCCUACCCUAACAUGAUUGUGAUAACGUGACAAAUCGGAUUGAAAUUAAUCGAUUGUAUCAAAUCGCAAACGAGUAAGCAUUGUAAGUGAAGUGCACUUAAAAUGUUCUAACUUGUAAUUGAACCGUAAGUAGUUCAUUUGUAAGCAAUGACUUAAUUGAAAUCAUUUAAGUAGACUGCGUUCGCUCGAAUGAUGUGUUCGUCCAUUGUUAAAAUUAAUAUUAUUUAUAUGUGUUUGUAUAUUAGAAUAAUUAUCAUUAAAUUUGCGAAUAAUCAUAUUUUAUUUAGAUUAUAUUAAAGUGAAUUUAUCUUUAGUGCCGUAGUUUGUAGGCAAGUUUUCGUCUCUUUGAAAUUUUAUUAUUAUUUACAUAUACAAAGCUUUACUCUUAAAUGUAAUGAGAAUUUUAAAUUGUCUCAAAAAUUCAACAUCUUAUUAUAUUUACUUGCUAUUGUUUCUAUUUCAAAUUCUAUCGGGUUAUCCUUAAAAUAUAUUUUAUUAUCAGAUGCUAUAACUAUCUUAGUAUAUUAAAAUAUUUAAGAUAUUUUCUAAUUAGAUUUAUAUUGACUGAAUUUUCCUCCAGCAUGUACGUACUACGAUGUAGUGCUUAGUUUUUAUCAUCGAUGUCAUCAAGAAAGUUAGUUAGCAGUCUCCUAAUCGUCCUGUUUUUAAGAUAUUUUUAGAUUUUUUGGUCAAUUUAGUGAGUACACCUUAGUCUGUUAACUCUUACCACGUUCAAUUAAUAACAAGAAGCAUGGUAGCCGGUAGCUUUUCAAACUUUUAAUCUAAUUACUGAAUCAAUACCUCUUUUCAGUGGUCCAUAAUGGUGAUGUCAGGCCUAUUACGAUAUUUCGUUUACAAUAUCAAAGUUAGCAUCGAAAUUGUUUCUUAGUUAAUAAAUUAAUAAUUUUAUUUUAGAAAUUUAAUACAUAAUAAUGUUUUUUAAAUAUUUUAAUACUUAUAGCCUUUCUAUUUAUUUGAAUUAUUCUUUGUUAAAAGAUGUAUAUUUUUAAUGACUAUAAGACAUGUUAACUUUGGUAUUGUAAACAAUGAAAUCGUUUGUGGUGACAGUGAAUAUAUUUUGUGAUAUAUAUUAAUCUCUAAUCCUUCUAUUUUUGAUAAGCCUACAAUGAAUAUUGCGAAAAUAUAAUGGAAUUGUAUAGCAGGAUGUAUGUAUGUAAUGUAACGCAUGCAGCUUAAGAGUAGAUGAAUCUUAUGUCAAUUCUUUGUUGCUGAUUUGCCAAAGGCUUUUUUUUUUUUAAAUAUAAUGAAGGUUUUGUGACCAGCAUUAAGAUUCAGUAUUCGUGUGUUAUCCGAUCUUCAUCGAUGAAAAUUUUAUAUAAAUGGAGGAAUUAUUUUGUGUUGCCAUUAUUAAUAAUCAAAUAUUUUCUACUGAUGCAUGACAUUUUGGCAAACUUGGCAACUUUAAUCAUAUUAUUAGUUAUUAAUGCGUGCAAAAUCAUACUAACCUAUUUUUAUCAUAUUUAUUUGAACCCUGCAAAAAAAUAUUAAGCCCGUUCUCCUUAUUUCUUUCGAUAUUUAUGUUUAAUUUUUGGCCACACACUUUCAGUCUACGUAAUCUUUCUAUGAUAUGUCCACGCUUUACAUUGGGUUGUUCAUUCAUCCUUGUUUGAUUUAUAUGCAGGAUCCGAAUGUGAUAGUAACUAGCUAGUGCCAAUAAAUAGACUUAAUGAAACGAGGAUUCCCUUAUAAUUACUAAUAUAACAUAACUCAUAAGUUUUUCAUCAAUCAACUUUUUUCGAUCGGAAUAAAACUCAUUAAAAAUAAUGUAAUAAAACAAGGAGAGUUUAAAAUUGGAAGUGGGCUAAUGGAGUCUUUGUUUAAGGCAUUUCUUGUUACAAUCGUAAAAAAAAAUAAUGACCGCCCGUAAAAUGGCAAGGGAUGGAAAGUAAAUGACGUUUGGUCGUUGAAAGAGAACAUUAAUAUAUCUCGUCUAACCGUUAAUAGAUGACAAUUACCCAAAUAUAUCCGAGAAAUUUACCAAAGAAAUACUCCGUUAAAAUUUUGAAAUAAUAAAAAAAAAUUCACACCUUGCAAAUAGUGUUAUUCGCUACGAUAAAAAAAAAUUGUAUUUAUAUAGUAAACGUGUUCCCAUCGAAGAAAGUACAAGAAAAUAUAAUGUAUUUAAUAUAAAUAAUACAUAUUAAUGUAUAUAAGGAAUGUGAAAAAGAUGAAGGGACAUUGGAAAUGAUGUUUUGGUGGAUUUUAUUACCUUAUAAAGGAUUCUAAUGUCUUAAAUACUUAAAUCAGAACUUUGAAAUAGUGUGAAAUAAUGAUAAAACAAUCAUUGAAUUAUUAGCGUAUUAAUAAAUUAUUGCGUUAAUAUACAAA